GGGAGAGAAGGGAAGCACAUUCUUUGAUUCCUUUAAGAAAAAGAAAAACACAAGAUAAAGAGUAGACUAAAACCCUAAAUUAUACGACGAAUUGUUGCAGAAAUCUCUUCUGGGUCUUGAAAUUACCCCCAAAUUCGAAUCACCCAUUUGUGAUUCUCUCUCUUGCUCGAUCGGAUCUGUAAAAAGCAGCCCAACUUCAGUUCUGUACUUUCGGUUUCGUCGUACAGUUAUGAAUCUGUAAUCAGAUUAAUUCGAAUGGAUUCACUUGUAGAUGGUGUCAGUUCGUUGUCAACUAGCCAUAGCUCGGCGACAUUAUUAGGGUUCAACCCGCCGCCGGCGGGAAAAAGCCGUCCACCCCACCACCCAUCCAAACACCCCGAAAUCGGCCACACUUCCGGUAGCAGUUCUACACGAUCUUAUAGAAGUUCUUAUGAUCAUAACCACAAAGAUCAAUUCACACCCAAUAAAUCAAAAUCAGAGAUUAUCGGACCGCAUACGGUUCUCGAUCAAACUGCAAAAGAAUACUUCCAUAAACAGAUUUUGGCGUUAGAAGCAAAAGCUGCCAUCAAAACGCCGAACGAUGAGCCAAUUGGAGAUUCCGACCCCCAUGGUGAGUCGAAGAUUACGUUUUGCCCGAGCCCGCAAAGUAGUUUAUAUUCUGUUACACAUUUCACCGAAGCCAAACAGAGCUUUACGAACACGGAAAUCAGCGAAUCCGCAAGUAGUAUCGAGAAAUCUAUCGAAAAUGAAGCCGGGGUUUCUUGCGAUUUUGUGGAAAGUAAUAAAACGAGCGUUUAUAGAGGAAGCACGGGGAGUGAUCUUAGUGACGAAAGUAGUUCGGGAAGUUUCACGAGUGCUACCUACAAACCGCAUAAGCAAAACGAUUCGAGAUGGGAAGCAAUCCAGGUCGUCAGGUCUACAAAUGAAUCGGGAAUGCUGGAAAUGAAGCAUUUUCGGCAUUUGAAGCGAUUGGGAUGUGGAGAUAUUGGAAGUGUUUAUCUUUCGGAGUUGAUCGGGACACGAAGCUAUUUCGCGAUGAAAGUUAUGGAUAAAGCGGCUCUUGCGAGUAGGAAUAAACUCUUGAGGGCGCAAACGGAAAGAGAGAUUUUGCAAUCGUUGGAUCACCCGUUUUUGCCGACAUUGUAUACUCAUUUCGACACCGAGAAAUUGUCGUGUUUGGUGAUGGAGUAUUGCCCGGGCGGAGAUUUGCACGCUCUUAGACAAAAGCAACCCGGGAAGUAUUUCUCCGAGCAUGCGGCAAGGUUUUAUGUGGCGGAAGUUCUUCUCGCUAUGGAGUAUUUGCAUAUGCUCGGGAUCAUUUACCGAGACCUGAAACCGGAGAAUGUGUUGGUGCGGGAUGACGGUCACAUAAUGCUCUCGGAUUUCGAUCUAUCUUUGAGAUGCGUUGUGAACCCAAAACUGGUCCGAGCCACGAACUCGACCGUGGAACAGAAAAGUUCCGGCUACUGUGUCCAGCCGUCUUGCAUCGAGCCAUCGUGUGUGGUUCAACCGGCCUGCAUCCAGCCCUCGUGCUUCGUCCCCCGGUUCUUGAGCAAGCCCAAGAAAGAAAAGAAACCGAAACUGAAACCGAAAACCGAAAUCUAUAAUCAAGUCUCACCGCUUCCCGAGCUCAUCGCGGAACCCACGAGUGCACGGUCAAUGUCGUUCGUCGGGACCCACGAGUAUUUAGCUCCGGAAAUCAUUAAAGGCGAAGGCCACGGGAGUGCGGUUGAUUGGUGGACUUUUGGGAUUUUUCUUUACGAGCUCUUGUUCGGGAAAACUCCGUUCAAAGGAGCGGGAAACCGUGCGACUUUGUUCAACGUGGUCGGACAACCGCUGCGGUUUCCGGAUUCGCCGGCGGUUAGUUUUGCGGCGAGGGAUUUGAUCAGGGGAUUGCUCGUGAAAGAGCCGCAACAUCGGUUGGCGUAUCGAAGAGGUGCGACGGAGAUCAAACAACAUCCGUUUUUUCAGAGCGUGAAUUGGGCGUUGAUCCGCUGCGCAACUCCGCCGGACGUCCCGAAACCGUCACCGGAAAAAGUUGGGGGAGUGGAUGUGAAGCCGGCCGGGAGCUACUUAGAGAUUGACUUCUUUUAGGUGGUUUUUUCUUUAUGGAUUUGGUACCAUUUGGAUUUGUGUUUUUUCUAUUUAUGUUUAUGUUUAAUCGUAUUCUAAAUUGGCUUAUGAAAUUGCAAAUGC